AUGAGUGGUGGUGAAGUUGUCGUAGCUGCUGCUAGAGUCUACCGUGACCUUCUUAAACCAGUUGUGAAAACAAGUCUCAUUUCACAGACUUUGUCAAGAACGAGUUUUGGAAGAACGCACACACAGUCCAGAAUAUCAACCUUGCCCGCAACUACACUUAUCUUCUUAAUAGCAUUCACUCUCACAAGAACUGAAGAAAUGAAGCGAGUGCUUGGCAAAUCUGCAGCUAGUGUUGGGCUUCGUCUUCCCGAGGUGUACCAGCCUUGA